CCUUGUAUUCUAGUAAUCUAGUGUAUUCUAACUUCUAACCGCCAAAAUAAUAAAUGAACCAAAAGGUUUUCCCUCGCUCGCUCGUCAUUUGGUGAAUGCGUUCUUCGUCUUUUGGAGAAGAAUUUUUCAAACGAACAAAAGAAGAAAAUGACGGAUUCGCAGUCCAAUUCAGAGAUUUUCAGUGUUCGGAUUGUCUCCAUCGACUAUUACAUGGCUCCGCCGAUCCAAGGCGCCGAUAUCUGUUACAGCAGCUUCCACGGGGGAAAAGUGAAGGAGGUUCCUGUUAUAAGAGUGUAUGGUUCUACUCCUUCAGGCCAGAAGACUUGCUUGCACAUUCACCGAGCCUUGCCAUAUAUGUAUGUGCCAUGUUCGGAUAUACCACUUCAACCAGACCAAGAAGGUGAUGCAUACACGUAUAAGGUUGCUGCUUCUCUUGAGAAAGCCUUGCAGCUUAAAGGCAGUGCUGGUUCAACAAGGCAGCAUGUGCAUGGCUGCAGCCUUGUACGAGCAAGAAGAUUCUAUGGUUACCACUCGUUUGAGGAGUUAUUUGUUAAGAUAUACCUAUAUUAUCCGCAAGAUGUCUCCCAUGCUGCUAAUCUUCUCUUGGCUGGUGCUGUUCUUGACAAAUGUUUACAACCUCAUGAAUCACAUAUUCCCUAUAUUCUUCAGUUUUUGGUAUGUUCUUUCAUAUGAAUUGUUAUAACUUGGUAGGCUUACCUAAACAUGACAAAAUAUUUAUCUUCUUAAAUUAAGUCGGUUCUGUUGCUUAUAUGGCUUUAAUGCUUUAAUCAUAACCACAUAUUUAU